GAGGGUGCCAGGGCUUUCUGCGAGCAGUGGGUGUGUAGGUGUGUGUGCACUGUGUGUGCGUAUGUGUGUGGGGGAGACGUGUCCUGGGUCGGUUCCAGCACUGCGCAGUAAUACUCACUGACAGAGCAGGCUGUGCGGCUCCAGCCUGACUGACGCCUCGCGCUGUGCCUGUGUUGUUGCCGCUUCUAAACCUACUGCAGCCCUCGCUCCUUCACAUGAGCUCGGCUACCGGGGAGACCAGCUCCAGACAAGGAGGGCCAGUCAGCGCACAGGAAAACCAGCUUAUUUCCAGAAACGCACUUGAAAAAUCUACAUUUUGAUAAAGAAAAAAAAGGUUUAAGCGAUAUCUUCAUACAGUUAUUCUUCUGAGUAUAUUAUAAGUAAUCGUUGGAUUUUGUCUGACAUCUGCAUCUCAUAUGCACUCCAACACUACAAUCAGCUCCUUGUUUUCCUUCACAAGUCCUGCAGUUAAAAGGCUGCUAGGCUGGAAGCAAGGAGACGAAGAGGAAAAAUGGGCAGAAAAAGCUGUGGAUUCACUUGUAAAGAAACUCAAGAAAAAAAAGGGGGCAAUGGAAGAACUAGAACGUGCCUUAAGUAGCCCCGGGCAGCCUAGUAAAUGUGUCACAAUCCCACGUUCGCUGGAUGGGAGGCUACAGGUGUCACAUCGCAAGGGUCUCCCUCAUGUCAUUUAUUGCAGGGUAUGGCGCUGGCCCGACCUGCAGUCUCACCAUGAGCUAAAACCACUUGAGUGCUGUGAGUUCCCAUUUGGAUCAAAGCAAAAGGAUGUGUGCAUAAAUCCUUACCAUUACCGUCGUGUAGAAACUCCAGUGUUACCACCAGUACUUGUUCCAAGACACAGUGAGUUCAACCCACAGCUAAGCCUUCUAGCCAAGUUUCGGAAUACAUCCCUCAACAGUGAACCAUUAAUGCCUCAUAAUGCAACUUACCCAGAGUCUUUCCAGCAACCAACAUGCACUCCAUUUUCUUCCUCUACAAACAACAUAUUUCCUCAGUCACCAACUAUAAUCGGCUAUCCGGACUCUCCAAGAAGCUCUUCAGAACCAGGAAGUCCAUAUCAGAUCACAGAUACACCUCCUCCUCCUCCAUAUAAUGCACCUGAUAUCAAUGAAAACCAGAAUACACACCCUGUGGACUCACCUUCAUGCCAGUUAGUGUUAUCGGCACUUAACAGAGAGUUUCGGCCUGUUUGCUAUGAAGAGCCUUUGCACUGGUGCUCUGUGGCUUACUAUGAACUUAACAAUCGGGUGGGAGAGACUUUCCAGGCUUCAUCCCGCAGUGUGCUCAUUGAUGGAUUCACAGAUCCCUCCAAUAACAAGAAUCGAUUCUGCCUAGGGCUUCUUUCUAAUGUGAACAGGAACUCUACCAUAGAAAACACACGUCGGCAUAUUGGAAAAGGAGUUCAUCUAUAUUAUGUUGGUGGUGAAGUUUAUGCGGAGUGUGUGAGCGACAGCAGCAUUUUUGUACAGAGCCGAAACUGCAAUUACCAACAUGGCUUUCACCCAGCCACUGUCUGUAAGAUACCCAGUGGUUGCAGCCUCAAGAUAUUUAAUAACCAGCUGUUUGCCCAGCUCCUUUCUCAGUCAGUUAACCAAGGUUUUGAGGUGGUUUAUGAACUGACUAAAAUGUGCACAAUUCGAAUGAGUUUUGUUAAAGGAUGGGGAGCUGAAUAUCAUCGGCAGGAUGUGACAAGCACUCCUUGUUGGAUAGAGAUCCAUCUUCAUGGUCCUCUUCAAUGGCUCGACAAGGUUUUGACUCAGAUGGGCUCACCGCAUAACCCAAUCUCUUCAGUAUCCUAAGCAGUGGCUUAAAUAAUGUCAUUUUUACAUUCAAAAACUGUUUGUACUUUGUAUAUGUAUAAAUAUUUCUGUAUAUAUAAUGUGGCUUCUAGAAAACAUGAAAACAAAUGCUGAGAGUUUAUGUUGUUUUUUUGUUACACUAUUUGUAUUGUGAAAGCACUUCCUGUAUUCAGUAAGGGGUAUUAAAAAUGGCAGAAUAUAUCUCCACGUAUUACUCUUCCUAGAGCUCUAAGGGAGAAAAGAUAAAUAUUCAGCCUUGAAGCACUUGAAUACGGUACAUUACCUAAGUAUUUUAACAAUUCAGACAAUUUAUUUUUUAUAAAUAAUGUUUUUGUUUUAUGUUAAGACUCCAGUCAUUCACGUCCUUUCUCUCUCUUUUUUUUUUUUUUAAUUUGAGAAGUAUGACAUUUUUAUAUUUGUGUUUUGUAUAUAGCCGUAAAUAAAAUUGUUAUUUCAAAGUAUUUUAGAAAUCAUUGCUGCUUUUGCCAUAUAUUUGUGAACAUUUGUCUUAUAAGGAGUGGUGAUUUAUGGGAAACUGCCCUUUCUUCUUUACAAGAGAGAGACAUUUGGGUAGAUUUAACAAGCAGUGGAUGCUGCUGUCUACACCCGAAGUUUCAGGCUCACCUGAAACAUAAGUUAAGAAGCAGAGGUCGUAGGACUGCUGCUCCUUAACUUCUACGUCACCUUUUAGGUGGCGGACUGAAAUCAUCCCAAUGCGAUCAGGAUGAUUCACAUCCCUGCUAGCAGCAGAUUGGCCGCGAAUGUGCAGGGGGCGGCAUUGCACAAGCAUUUAACAAGAAAUGCUUGUGCAAUGUUAAAUGCAGAUAGUGUAUGCUGUCACCAUUUAGCGAUGUCGGGCAGACAUGAUUUGCUACAGUGAAUCAUGUCCACCCGGUACUUGUUAAAUUUACCCCAUUAUGUCCAAUGUAGAUGAAGUUCUAAAUAUUGGUGAGUUGUAACAUUACACUGUGUGUUGCUAAAGAUUUAGUAGACACUUAUGUUGUAUUUUUUGUUCCAUUUUAACAUUGCACCAUCUUUACUUUCUUCUGGUUUAUGGCCCCGAUGUUAAAAGCAUUCUCAAUGGCGAUAUUUGUAAAAGGGAUCCGUUGUGCGAUCAAGAUUGCCGGUGAAAUUAUAAAAAAGGGCUGAUAUCAGUAUCUGAAGGCAGUCUCGCGGAGAGGCAUAUUACUAUAACUCUCCAUGGGUGGCAAUGCUUUUCUAAUACUGGCAACAUUUUAAAAGCAGCACCCUACAUUGAAGGUGUAAUGUAAAUAAUCUCUUUAGAUGGUAUUGUAUAUCAAUACCAUUUACAUGUGUCAACCUAAACUCAACCCCAUUUGUUACAAUACAAUAUUGAAACUAGGACAUCAUUAAAGGGAUACUAAACCCAAAUGUUGUCUUUCAUGAUUCAGAUAGAGCGUGCAAUUUUGUUCUCUUGCUAUCUUUAUUUGAAAAACAAGAAUGUAAGCUUAGGAGCCAGCCCAUUUUUGGUUCAGCACCUGAGUUGUGCUUGCUGAAUGGUGGCUAAAUAUAGCCACCAAUCAGCAAGUGCUAUCCAUGGUGCUGAAUAAAAAAUCGGUUGC